AUGAAGAACAUCUUUGGUGAUUUAUUUGAUCUUGAUGCAUCAGUUUAAUCCAAAAUGUCGGAGAGCUGUUGUUUUUGUCGGACCAGUAUGAUGGUUCUCAGCAAAACAUUGCUCUUUAAAGUGAUGGCCAUGGAUGUUUUCUUUUACAGUCGGUGAUUUGCAUGAAGGUCCAUGCUUGUGUCUGGCCUUCGGCUGUUGUAUUUUUAGUUAUGGUUAGGGAUGUGAGGAUAGAAAUGCAUACAAAGUCUACUAGUUGUCAGAAUUAUGAACUGCAUACAUACUUGAUUAAUUUGAAUCUUAAUAAGAGAAGCAAAUAAUAUUUUAGUGAUCAUGAAUAUUUUCGUGAUCAUGAAAUAAAUUUAAUAAACACUAAACUGCGAUCAUUUUUUUUAAAGUUUUUUUUUUUUUUUUAAAUAAAGAGACAUGACCUCUCUUCACUUUAAGGAAGAGAUCUGUGAAAUGAGGACAUCAUCUUCUAACCUUGACCUUAAAGACUGUGCAGACAAAUGUCAGACAGGGUGUAAUGACUAUUCCAGAACCAUGAUUACUCGCAGAAAAAGGAGAUGUGCAAAACAAGGUUUGGAACAGUCUAAGGAAAGAAUCACAUAUUUUGAAAGGGAACUUAAUGAAGAUUAUGAGGUCACCGGUGAUAAAAUUAAAAUUAAAGAUGAAAAAGUGGAAAGCACUGCUGAAAAUUGUGAUGAAUCGGCCGUCUUGAUAACCAAAAAAAUGCAUGACACCAGGCAUGAAGAUCUAAACACAUGUGGAGAUGGUCUGUUAAAAUGUGAAACAUGGUCCAGGAACAGCGAGCAAUCAAAUGGAACAUUAUAUAAUUCAACAGACAGUCUAAUGGAGGAGGAACUGCCCCGAGAGAAGAGGUAUCAGUGCAGCAUCUGUGAGCGACUGUUUGGUUAUUUUGGUAUGUUUCAGAAGCACAUGAGAACCCACUCUGAUGCCACCGACUACUCGUGCUGUACCUGCUCUCAGGCCUUUAUUGAACUCCACGACCUGUUCGAUCAUUUCAGCGAUGUUCAUCCCGAGUUUGAAAGACUGUUUUGUAAGAGAAAGCAGUUCCGCUGCGAUAUGUGUGAGAAGAGGUUCAAGAGUGCCUGUCACCUUACCAAUCACGUCCGGACACAUACAGGAGAAAAACCAUUCGAAUGUCUGGUGUGCGGCGCAGCGUUUGUCGAACAGAGUGGAUUAAACAGACACAGGAAGAGGAGUCAUGUUGGCAUGAGCCGAGAGGACUACGAGAGGCUGUUCUCGUUCACCUGUGAUCAGUGCCCGAAACGAUUUGACAGCGGACAGAGGCUCGUCCUGCACCGAGAGAACCACUACAAGACAUUCCGAUGUGACAGGUGCGAUCAGGCCUUCCUUACAGACCAGGCGCUGGAGACUCACACCAAACGGAUGCACUACGUUGUCAGAGACCAGACGAAUGCGUGGGGCAGCGGAAAGAGCAAGUACACCUGUGCGUGGUGCUGCAGACGCUUCAAGUGCUCGACGCACCUCGAAAACCAUGAGAGGAUCCACAGCGGGAUUAGACCGUUCGCUUGUGAUAUUUGCGAGAGGACGUUUGCGGAGGUCGGUGGACUGAGGCGGCACAACCGGCUGAUGCAUGUGAGGAAGAACCCCGUCAGCACGAGAACGGACAAACCUUUCAAGUGUGAAGACUGCGGAAAGUGUUUCAGAGACGCAGCUCUUCUUCAGUCUCACUCCUCGAUACACGUCAUCGACAAACCAUAUAAAUGUGAUAUCUGCGAAGUCCGAUUUGCGAAACCUAAUCAGGUUGUAAAACACCAGCAAAUCCAGCAUUCUGAUAAUACUGACAUUUUAAAGACACAGUUAACCAACUCCAGUCAGUCAUCAGAUAUUCAUUCUGAUAAUACUGUUAUUUUAAAGACACAGUUAAGUAACUCCAGCCAGUCAUCAGAUAUUGAUUCUGAUAAUACUGACAUUUUAAAGACACAGUUAACCAACUCCAGUCAGUCAUCAGAUAUUCAUUCUGAUAAUACUGUUAUUUUAAAGACACAGUUAAGUAACUCCAGCCAGUCCUCAGAUAUUGAUUCUGAUAAUACUGACAUUUUAAAGACACAGUUAACCAACUCCAGUCAGUCAUCAGAUAUUCAUGCAGUGGAAUAUCAAAGUGAUGUAAUUAUCAAAACUGAGCCUGAUAAGUCAUCAAUAUUUUUUGACAUACACAAGAAUAUCUUCAAAACCGACAAACCCUAUGUGUGUGGAUUCUGUGGUGAAUCAUUUGGGGAUAUCCACGGCAGAUAUCUACACAUGAGGACCCAUGACAGCAUGGACAUCAACCAUGAGAUAUCCAUGCGACUGCAUGAUCAAGUUCUUAACAUGAACCAUAAAACCAACCAAGACUCUGAGGAAGAGGAUUCCAAUCCCAUUGUUUCUGAAUGUCGGGCACUGCUGAACAUUGAUGCUGCUUCCCUCGAUGAGAACACUGGUAGCUUGUAUAGCUUCUCUGGCAUCAUGCAGCCAACCAAGGAAAGACCUUUCCAGUGUGAUCACUGUCAGAAGACGUUCAUCCGAGCCAUUCAUCUUCAUAAUCAUAUCAUGACCCACACUGGAGAACGACCUUUUAAGUGUGAUCUUUGUGGAAAAGGCUUCAUAGAGCCCAGCAAACUCGCUCGACAUCAUAGGACUCACGAAAAGAAGAACGCCGACUCCAUCUCACCAGGGAGUGUUCCAGGUGACAUCAAACCCAAUACAGAUGAUGGCCAAGAACUGGAAUCACGGACUGACAAGCCAAUAGAGAACCGUGAUGGUGAUUGUGUUACUGAGGGUCCCAUUGACCCCAGUGUGAAAAUACUUAAAAAGUGGACAAAGUUUCACUUCUGCCAGGGCUGCAAGCAGACCUACACACAUUCAGAGAACCUCACCCUGCAUGUCAAGUACAACAGCGAAGGCGGACCCUUUCAGUGUACCCAGUGUUUAGCUAAGUACAGUCUCAAGUGCGAACUGAACAAACAUCUACGCAAGCACAUAAUGACGAGAGUCAUCAAAGACAGCAAGCCACGGAGACAGAAGAUAUUUCCUUGUGACCUGUGCAGGAGUGAGAAGGUCUUCACCAGCAGAGCCAACCUGAAGGCUCACAUGCGAGUGCACACGGGCGAACGUCCAUACAUCUGUGAUGUAGCAGAGUGUCGCAUGGCCUUCAAGCAGCAGUGUCAGAAGACUAGACACAUGAGGACACAUUCAGGUAAACGAGAGUUUGUUUGCGAGUUCUGCGGAAAGGACUAUGCCGACCCGGCAACUCUGAAAGGUCACAUCCGGAUUCACACGGGCGACAAGCGUUACAAGUGUGAGGUGUGCAGCAAGGCAUUCACCGAGUCGUGCAAGCUGACCCGCCACCGCCGCGUGCACACCGGCGAGAAGCCCUACACGUGCAGCUACUGCGGAAACCUGUUUACAUCGUCGGGGAACCUGCGUGACCAUGAGAGAAUCCACACCGGACAGAUGCCAUACCACUGUGACGUGUCUUCAUGGUAGCAUGUCAAAGCUGUGGUGUAUUCUGUUCCAUAUGUGCAGAGUGCAUAUAAUACAUCCCUUGUCACUAACCAGGAGUUGACCUUGGAAUGGCAGCAAGGUUUUCGUGCCAUUUAACAAACUGUUUUAAGUUUUUAGCAUUCAUACUUAUUAAAGCAAUCAUUAAUUGUUUCGGUUCAAAUUUGAAGUUUCAUUGUCACUGUUUUACUGAGGACUACUCUAUGUACUAAGUUGCAGAUCUAUCUGUUGGCGUGCUACUAAUGGAAAAAUGUAGCGGGUUUCAUCUGAUGACUACGAGUCAUAAUUAUCAAAUGUUUGACAUCCAGUAGCCGAUGAUUAAUUAAUCCAUGUGCUCUAGUGUUAUUAAACAGAACAAACAAACUAAGCUCCGUAAGUGAAUAAUUAUUCAUGAAUUCGAAUAAUGAAAAUGAAUUCACUAAGUUAGCAAGGUAUAUGGUUCAUGCUAGACUAACGAAUACGUAUCACGGAAAGGCUUUAUGUAGUGCAACAAAUACAUAAGUGAAUCGUCUUCAUCCCUAAUGAUGCCUCAUCAAAUACUUUAGCAAAUACAUCGUACAAACAUUUACUCACCAUUUGUUUUGGUUUUUUGUUUUGUUAAGUUUACUUUGUUUAAAAAAUUAAGAUUAACAACAGUAGUUAGAUAAAAUCAUUUUGUGUACUAAAAUAUCUGGAUAUAUCUUCCACAACAAUUUGAUUCUCACGGUUUUGUCAGGCACUUAAAAUAUGUCUGGAAACAAAUGGUCCGCUUUCAGAAUUAAAAUAUACAGGUUUAUACAUACAGAGUUUCUGGUGGUGCAAAAACAAAAUAGAAAAGGUCCACUUGGUUCAUAUUCGAACACACACACCCCACCCCCACCCCAGGUCCAGCUCACGCCACGCCCCUGAUAAUGGACAUUUUACAUGAUUAACAUUUUGUUCAACAAUCUUAGGUAAAGUUGAAAUAUUCAACAGUAAUUGACAAAAUAGAAUAAUCAUGCAGAAACGGCAUUAAUAUGUUUUUUGUCUGAGUGAUUUACCAAUCAACGUAUCCUGGUUUUGCAAUUGACCGUAACAAUAGGUUAGUACCUUAUCAAUGGAAAAUCUUUUGUCAUUAGUACUUUAUCAUGGACAAAGUUUCAUAAUUAGUACUAUAUCAAGGGGACAUUUGCCUGGUUACUUUGUCAGGAGAAAAUCUGCCUGGUUACUUUAUCAAGAGAAAAUCUUCCUGGUUACUUUAUCAAGAGAAAAUCUGCCUGGUUACUUUAUGAAGAGAAAAUCUGCCUGGUUACUUUAUCAAGAGAAAUAUCAAGAGAAAAUCUUCCUGGUUGUCAUGGGAAAAUUGUGUAAUUAGUACUGUAUGAUGGGAAAAUCUGUGAUAGUACUAUAUACAUAUACAGUGAAACCUCUCAAAACCGGACCCCCUGUAAACCAGAAUUCCCUCAAAACUGGACCCUCUGUAAACUGGAAUUCUCUCAAAACCGGACGCUCUGUAACCCGAAUUUUCUCGGUCCCUUUUAAAAGUCGGUACAGAACAGAACCUCUCUAAACCGGAUACCUUUUAAAACCAGACAUUUUACUUGGUCCCUAGGGUGUCCGGUUUAGAGGGGUUUCACUGUAUAGGGAAAAUCUGUGUGCAGCUGCUUGCUUAUAAUGUACUGUAUGUGUAUGUGUAUAUGUUUGUUAUUUGCAAUGUUGCAUUGUGGGCAUUAAACAUUUAAAAAUAAAAAGUUCAGUUAUUUCAAUAAC